CUUACACGACAACCUUUAUACAAUAUUUGCUGCAAAUAUAUAACAGUGGUUGCAACAGUGAUCUAUAAAGUUAGAUUAUAUCAAUAACAUCACAGAAGGCCAUGUGAGUAACCACCACCCUCAUUUGGGAAGGUGCUUGCAAGGGGAGGGGGAUAGCAAAGAGACUUCAAGGGGUUGUCCUGAGAAGAGGUGGAGUGGUGUUGUCAUCUAACCAGAGUUGCUGACAUCUGGUUAAACAACUCCUGUCUUCAGAGUUGUGCAGCUUGGAAUGAUGCCAAAUUAGAAUUACUCUGCCUCUUGUUACCUUGGCUGGUCAGAUUUAGUGGAGCAGCAGAGUGCUGUCCUCAGCAUCAUGAUCUUCAAGUGCACCCACGCCAGCAUUUACAACUCUGAAAUCCAGACAUCCGGGCUGGGGUAAAUGGUGUCAGUGUAAAUGCAAGUUAGGUACGUUUCAUUCACUGCUGUAAACUAUUUGUUAAUUGAUUUACCAAACUGCCCCCUGCUGAUUUAAAUUAGUUGUGACAUUUAAUCACAGUCUGUUAUAGCAUGUUUCCUUAAAUUGUUAAGUAAAGCUGUGUUAACUCUAAUCUAAGUGUCUAUUGUUUAUAAUUGGUAUUUUUGAGUUAGACCCAAUGCACAGAUUAGCUCAGGUUUCUUCCUGGAGGCUCCCAAGGAAUGUCAUUGUGUGUACAGGGCCCAGCUAGGAGGAGGCACUGCAAAUUUUAGUUUCCUUUACAAGUAAAAAGACUGCAGCGGAGGGGUAGAUAGAGGAUUCCCUCCUAUCCAACAUCACCAUUGGGAUACUUCUUUACUGUCAACAGCAUCAGGUGCCCGGGCAUACAGGCAAGUGUUGCCAGCUGCCGACUAACCCAGGGAGGAAAGCAGGGAGGGAAGGAGGUUUACCGAAGUAAUGCAGUUUACAUCUGCUCUACUUUUGCUUCUGCUUCUGCCAAUGGGAGUGCAGUUGGGGUGGGGUUGGCUGGGCCCAGUGGCCAAUGGCAGGACAGGGAGUAGUUUUGAAGUGCUGCAGGGUUGGGUGGAGGCACAGGCACAGAGCUCAGGCAGUGUUUGGUGAAGGCAAGUUUAGGGCAGAGGAGGAGUAGAGCUGAGGCAGGAUGCUCUCUGAAAUUAACGAGAAAAUGUUGGUCAGCAUGCUGGGUUCUCUAAUCUAAUGUUUCUCUUAUCAGGAAUAGAAACUGAAAGGGAGAAACACACACCAGUAAAACAGGACACAGCCUGGGAGGCUGUAGUGAAAGCCAUGGCCACUGGCUGGAACAGAGAUCAUGUAUCCAGAGGCAUCACACAGGGGUGAGAAUGAAAGCUCCAUACCCACAUCCUCCACAAGAUUUACAGAGAAAGUGGGAGCUGGGAAGAUUCAGAUCUGACUCCCCUCUCAUCAGUGUGACACCAGAUUUAACUCUCCUUCCCUGCCUCUCUCUCUUUUCUUCCAUCACUAUCUCUGAGUCUCCCUCUAUCCUUCCGUGGAAGAUAAGCCAGGAGGAUUUUGUGGAGAAUUAUGACCCAAGUGUCCUUCCAAGUGUGACUUACCUUCUCUAUGAAAUCAAGUGGAACCAUCGCAGAAGGACCUGGCAAAGAUGGAUCUGUAGUGCUGGCGGUGAGCAUGCUGAAACGUACUUCCUGAAAGAUGUCUAUAGAAAGCUAAGAUCUAAUCCUUUUGUCCACUGCUCCAUCACCUGUUACAUAUCCUGGAGUCCCUGUGGGUACUGCUGCCAGGAGAUCAUGGAUUUUCUGGAGAAAAUGCCUAAUUUGAAUCUAGUCAUUUAUGUAGCACGGCUCUACUGGCACAAAGAGGAAACCAAUCGUGAGGGUCUGUGGAACCUGGAGAAUAUUGGAGUGUCCAUCCAAGUCAUGGAUCUCCCAGAUUAUAGCUACUGUUGGACAACAUUUGUUGACGAUGAGGACAAGUAUGAAGAUGAAGAUGAUUAUUGGCCCAGGCACUUUUCUCCAUGGAUAAUGCUAUAUUCUCUCGAACUCCAGUCCAUCCUUCAGAACAUUCCCUCUUGCUUAGAGAUUUCAUCAGAUGAGAACUAUACUCCAGUUUUCAGCCUAUGUGUAGAAGAUGAGGAACAGAAAAGAGCACUCACAUCAGCCAGUCCCUAUUAGCCGCCAGUAUCCUGGCCUGGGCAGCCAACCAGUCUCUGGAAGCCAUGAGUGUCUUGAACCAGGCCAUCAACUGCUAAGCAACAGAAACCAGUUGACAGGAAACAUCACCCACAUUAAAACUCCACAAUUUGGGGAGGGGAAGAGGAUGCAGCCAGAAUGGGUGCAACAGAGUGACUGCUUUGCUAACACAGUGUGUUUUCUCAGUUGGUGGGUUACUCUUGCAUGAGCUGAUAGAACAGUAGCUCUCAAACUUUUAUACUGGUGACCCCUUUCACACAGCAAGCCUCUGAGUGCGACCCCCCUUAUACAUUAAAAACACUUGUUUAUAUAUUUAAUACCAUUAUAAAUGCUGGAGGCAAAGCGAGGUUUGGGGUGGAGAUUGACAGCUCGCAACCCCCCCAUGUAAUAAACUCACGACACCCUGAGGGGUCCCAACCCCCAGUUUGAGAACCCCUGUGACAGAACAUUAGAAUGUUUAAUCAUUUCAGUUUUGAUUUAGUUACCCUUAGCCAUUUCCUUGCAAUUGCUUCAGCUUGUAGCCUUUUGAAAAGUGAAUCACGUUUAAUGCUGUACAGUGACUGGGUCGUGUUAGCACCUGUGACUCAGUGUAUGGGUUUAUUCCAUCACAGUUAACACAAGAGUAUCUUGCUUAUUCUGCAGCCACUGCUGUUUACCAAAUGAACAUAAAACUAUAUGAUUUGCUUUGUGUAAGCAGUUCAUAAGGAACUAACUCAUUAUGCAUUUACAUAGAGAGACCUUAGAGAGGAUUUAUUUUCUGAGGUUAUUUCUUUGAAUUAUGUUUCUCUUGUAGCUUUCUAGAUUUUAUUGUGUGUCAUUUGUCAACAUAACAUUUGAAUAAAAUAUCUAUAAGGAA